AUGGUCAACUUCACCAUCAUCACAGAAUUUCUCCUUAUCAAUUUUGCCAGCAUUUGGGAGCUACAGGUCCUUUAUGCUAUGCUUUUCAUUCUGAUUUAUCUAUCAACUUUGAUGGGGAAUUUCCUCACCAUUAUUGCUAUUGUCACCGACCAACACCUUCAUGCCCCAAUGUACUUUUUUCUAAGCAAUUUAUCCCUGUUGGAUAUGUGUUACAUCUCAGUCACUCUUCCCAAAUUCAUUGUUAAUACCCUGAUAGACACUCCAUCCAUCUCCCUCUUGGGAUGUAUGGCUCAAAUAUUUUUAAUUUUGUUUUUUGGAGGAACAGAAUUUGCUCUCCUCAUGACCAUGUCCUAUGAUCGCUUUGUGGCCAUCUUACCCCUGCACUAUGGGGUCAUCAUGACACGAGCCCGGUGCUUUUGGGCAGCAGUUGGCUCCUGGUUCACUGGCUUUGUCUAUUCUGCCCUCCACACAGGUAACAUGUUUCGUUUGCCCUUUUCAGGGUCCAAUGUGAUCCACCAGUUUUUCUGUGAUAUACCACAGAUAUUGCGGGUUGCAAACUCAGAUGUAUACAAUACUGAAUACUUGUUACUUGCCAUAAGCUCGUGUUUUCUAUUAUUGUGCUUUGUCUUUUUAAUUAUAUCAUAUGCUCAUAUCUUCUCCAGUGUACUCAAGAUCCCCUCCAUGGAAGGACGCUACAAAGCCUUAUCUACCUGUUCCCCUCACUUGAUUGUCCUUCUCUUAUUUCUCCUUUCUAUAAUUAUUUCAGUCUUGGGGCCGACAUCAGACAGAUCAUCAGUUCAGAACCUUCUUAUUGCAAUGGCUUACACAGUACUGCCCCCAUUCAUGAACCCUAUCAUUUAUAGCUUGAGAAACCAGAAGAUCAAAGUCGUGUUGAUUAAGAUAAUCCGAAUGGCUUUAUUUCUCAAGAAGGACGUGUCUAGUCCUAAGAAAAUCAAGAGGACAAGGAAUGUAUAG